UGAUCCACGAUGGGAGGAGCGGCGGUCCAGGUGCUCUAGCCAACCGUGUGCUCAGACGCUCAUCAGAAGAAGAUAGUUGGCCGGAGGAAAGUGUGCGAGUGGGGUAUCGCGAUCACAGACGGGUUAUUGUUCUGAUUUAACCGCUGCCUCCUAGCGAUCUCCUCACCAAGAGUUCACUCGCAUCCCAUGGACUGGAAAAUCCCGUGCUUCUGAGAUACAGCUGAACUGCGUGCGCGCACAAUGUUCAAGAAAAGCAAGAGCAAAGUUCUGGUGGAUGAAGCGUCGGAGGAGGACGAGGUGUCGUGGCAUCACGGUCACGCGAGUAAGGAUAAGGACUCCGAGGGAACAGAGGAAGUUCUGAGCCCCUCAACAAAGGAUUCAAAGUUAAAGAAGGUUAAAUCAAAGCGAGAAAAAGGAGACAAGAAGUUGUUUCCGUCUCAGGACGAUGAACACAUCUUGCUCACAGGAGUCACUGUCUCUCACAGAAGAGGGUCUGCUAAGAAAACCUGGGAGGACGACAAGAGUAAGACGCACUCAGAAAAAGACAAAGCGCACUGUCUGUGGGACAGCAUCACCAUGACGAUGAAGCAAAUCACACCUACGAGGAAGAUUGACAAGAUUGAGGGCUGGGAGCCGCCUCAGCUGAACGACGGGGUGGAGGAGGAAAAAAAUGAGUUAGAGAAGAAGAGGAGUGACUCGUCCCCGCUGUCUUCCCCUCUGUCACUGUCUCUGCCGCAUUCUCUGGGUUUGCCAUCCUGGGUUGGCUUGGGUUCAGAGGAGGACUCGUCUCGUUACGCUAGUCUGACUGAAUCACAGACGGGCGGCCCUGCCCAGUGGGCGGCUCGGGCGCGAGAUAAAUUAGCCGCCGUUCGUCGCCGAAGUCCAGCCAGCCUAUCAGAGAGUAACUGGGAGGGGCUAAAAUAAUUUCCAUAUCAAUCUCUAUAAGGAUGGCCACACCCCCUUGUAAACCAACUCUAAUUGGACAGCCCACUGAUAAUGAAGAUGUGAAGAGUAGGACCCUCAGUCCGAGAGUGCCUGCUUCCAGUGCCUGUCAACUUUUCCAUUUGAUAUAAAAGUGCUUCCAACUUUUGAAUGAAGCCUCCUCGUUGAAAUCACUGGAUGUACUCCUAGUUGGUGUCUGACAUCACUGACCGAUCACCAUGGCGUUUUGUAAGUGACUUUUAAAGGCUGAAUGACAUUUAAACACUCAAAGAGAGAGUUCAACCAAAAAUGAAAAACUUUUCAUCAUUAACUCACCCUUAUGUCAU